AUGCAAUUAUUAUCUACACAACAUGAAAUAUUACCUUCUUCAUUUGAAACUUAUCAACAAUAUGAAAAUGAAAUGAUUACUUUCUUAAAUCAAAAUGAAGUUUGUUUUAGUGUAAAUAAUUAUAACAAUGAAAGUCAAUAUUUAAAUACUGAAAAACCUACAAGAGUAUUAAUUAAUGGAAUUUAUGAAAGAAUAAAUGAAGAAUGGAGGAAUCAAUAUUUUGAUUUGAUUAAAACAAUGGGAAAGCAAUACCCUGAACAAAGUGAUAUUAUUUUAUUAAAUAUCUUUGCAUUAAUUCACCCCGAAAUUAAAGCUAUUAUUCCAAAAAAAUAUUAUAUUGAAGUACCAUUAAGUUUACAACAAUUUAUUGAUAAAUGUAAACUAUUAUAUCCUAAAGGAAAUAUUGAAGGAAAGAAAGAACAAUGGAUAUUGAUGAAUGAAAAGAAGGGAUAUGAGUGUAAAGAAUUAAGUUCAUUAAUUAAUCAAUAUUGGAAAGGAUGUGUUAUUGAUAUAGGAAGUGGAAAAGGUUAUUUGAUGGAAGAGCUUCAAAAGAAGGGAAUUGAAUGUAUUGGUAUUGAAGGAAAAGAAGAAUAUGUUAAAGCAAUGAAAGAUAGAAAUCAAAAGGUUGCUAAAAUAGAAAAGAUUGAACCAAAGAAAGACGUCAAAGUCGCUAGUGAAUAUUUAUCAAGUGAUAUUACAUCAGAAGCAUUCAUGGAAAUUGUUCAAAAAUUAACUUCAUCACAAGAAUUUCUUAUGACUUGUUUACAUGCUUGUGGUAAUCUCACUCCAACAUUAUUAAGACUUUCAAUUAAUAUCCCUCAAAUUAAAAUGAUUUGUGCUGUUGGUUGUUGUUAUCAUAAAUUAACAGAAGAGAUAGACAAUUGGAAAACAAAUCCACUUGAAAAGAAACAAACAUAUGUCAAUGAAAAACAAUAUGGUUUUCCUAUGAGUGAAUUUGUCAAACAAUCCAUUCAUUUCCAUUUAGCACAUUCUGAAAUAUCAACAUUUGCUGAUCCAAUGAAAAUGAGUAAAGAUGACUUUAUUAAAAUGAUGAAACAACAAUCGUUCAAAGCAGUAUUUGAAUUUAUUAUGUAUAAAACUCUUGGGUCACAAGAAGACCAUCCAACUGGUAAAACAAAGAAUGGUAGUUUUCAUGAAUAUUUUGAAAGUGCUUUAAGGAAUAUUCAGAAACGAACUUCAUUUACUUAUAGAGACAAAACUUAUAAUGAGAGAUUGAUGACGUUCAUUCAAGAAUAUUUAAACACAAAAGAACCAAACAUGAAUGUACAAAGUAUCUUUAAUCAACUAACAAUAAAUGGAAUCUUAGUUGAACGAGCAGCAUUUAUUAUCCUUGGUGCAUUAAUUGCACCAGUAUUAGAAUCAUCAAUUGUUGUUGAUAGAGUUCUUUAUCUCCAACAAUAUUGUAAACAAGUGAGUUGUCAAAGAGUAUUUGAUUCUUCCAUCUCACCAAGGUGUUUUGCUUUGAUAGCAAAGAAGUAA